AAAGUGUUUAAAAGAAUCAUGAAUUAAGCUGGCACGUUUAAAUGUUUGUUUACAGAUUUAUUAGUUCUUACUUUGAUUUUCAACUAUAGCCCUAUAGCCCUAGCUAAGAUCUGCUUCUGCUGCUCAUACUGUGAUCAGCCGCCCUUCCCCCACAGCACUCUCUGAUCGCGCGCGCGCCCUUCCCCCACAGCACUGUCUCUGACUGUCUCGCUGCAGAUGAGAUGAAUGAAUGAACUAACAAAAGUCUUGUGAGCUCUAGUUUACAGCAGACCUGCACGUUUUGAAUAUUCUUAUUUGUAAUUCUCUUAAAAACUUUAUGAUGUGGUGUUAUUUUAUAAAAAUAAGUGCACACCGGGUACUUUUUGCUCUUUUAAACCAGUGCUUGUACGGACAUGCGCACUGGUUCCUAGUUUGAGGUGGGUGCUCGGUUAAAAAGUGAUCAUGUGCUCUGUCCACUAGAAAGACUAACUUCAUCACAUUUUUUUUUUAAGUUUGAAGAAACAGUACUGUGGUCAAAACAAAUAUCAUUGCCACCAGAUAAUUUUCUAUUAGGCCAAAUAAAUGUAGUCACAAUUUCAACGUGAAAUCCAAAUACGUAACUACGUCAUUUACGCAAGUCAGCGACGGUGGUGUUUUCCCGGGAAAUGCAGACACGUGACGAUGGAACGCGCGAAACAGACGACAAACAACCCACCAGGAGGAAAGUCAUUUCAAGAAAGAAAGUCGCCAUGCUGGGAAAUAAAAGACGUAGGAAACCUCUGCAGGACGCUGAGCAUCAUCACAUUACCUGUAAAACUGACAAGCCUGGGCUUCGAGAGCAGUUCAUCAGCAAAUAUAAAGGGCGUGGAGUUUUCACCACUGGAGCUUUUUUCAGAGGUGAUUUUGUUCUUGAAUACAGAGGUGAACUUCUGAGUUCACAGGAGAGUCUGGACCGAACUGGACACUACACUGAAGCUGAGAACAUGUUCCUGUUUGAUUUUCAGUGGCAUGGCAAAAAUUGGUGCAUGGAUGCAUCUAAAGAAGACUCGUCUUUGGGAAGACUUGCAAACGAUGAGACCAGAAAUCCUACUUGCAAAAUGAGAACUGUUGAAGUGAGCAGAAAACCUCACCUGUGUCUGUUUGCUGUACGAGACAUUCUACCAGGAGAGGAAAUCACUUACAAUUAUGGAGACUCAGAUUGGCCAUGGCGAGUCAAGCCUUUGAAUAAAGCAUCAGCAGAAUCCACUGAUAAAAAGCCAGCCAGCAGUUUGCGCCUGCAUAAAUCCCCCCAUUGUGCAGCUUCUGUUUCCUCUCCUGAACUGGACAAGGUAAACAGCAAUGGUCCUCAUAAGCAGUCAGGCAAAGCAAGAACAUCAAGGAAUAAAACGGCGGCCAGUCUCUUUUUUUCUGUAGCCACUCCAAAGUCCAAGUCACCCACGUCACCUUCAACCUCGCCUGUGCAGCCCUCAUCAUCCUCGCCUGCCUACAGAGGAGGAGAGCGCAUCAACAAAGCUGCUUGCGAAUGUGGCAUAAAGAACCCUGAAGCACUGUCAUCAACUAGGCUCAGGAAACACAUAGCAACCAUGUCUAAAAUUCUUAACCUUAAUGAGAAUGAAGCAGACCAACUGGCUGAUUUCCUUGGUCACGAUAUCCGAAUCCACAGACAGUUUUAUCGGUUACCAGAGGGAACACUGCAGCUGGCAAAAAUGAGUAAAGUCCUAAUGGCCAUGGAGAAAGGAACACUGUCUGACUACAAAGGAAAGAAACUUGAUGACAUUGAAAUCGACCCAAAUGAGCAACUUGAGGCCCAAGGUGAUUCCAUGUCAAGUGAUGAGGAGGAUUCCAGUGACCUAUCUCAGACACCAGCACCAGCACCAGUACAGACUGAUCAACCUGUUCAAUCUGAACAAGCUGUUUCACAGGAGGAUCAAGGUUCUUCAAAUGCUCCAAAAAAGAAAUGGGAGGACAGUGAGGUAAAAGCAGUAGAGAGACACAUGAUGAGUUUCAUCAAGACAUGCAAAGUUCCUGGUAAGCAAGACUGUGAAAGAUGCAUUCACGCAGAGCCAGAAGCUUUGAAGCAGCGAACAUGGACUGGUGUGAAAAAUUAUGUGCGGAACAGGAUCACGACUCUUAAAAGAAAGGGUGGUUUGUAGGGAGGGACAAACACUUCAACACUUUGCACAUUAUGCUCUUUUUGUAGGAAAUGGAGCUAAAUUAAAAGAAAUGAGGAUAAAGGUGUAGAAAUAUUUUGUGGAUGGAAUGAAACAGAAUAUAAAGUGAAACGUUAGAGUAUAAGAAGGCUAAUGAAGAAGUAGAGGAUAGUAAGAGUCAAUUUUCUUUGUUCAGUUACAAUAUAGUUGGAUGAAAUGUCAUGUUAAACUUUUUGAUAUUUCUGUCAUAGAGGGAGGGGAGAAUGUAAAGAUGAUAAAAAAGGGAAGAGUGAAUAGCUGUGCUGGACAUGGGCUAUGGCUGGAUGUAACUGAUUGGUGAGAGUUGCUGUGUGCAGACUAGAGAAGCUGAAAACUGAGAUGUGAUGUCAGACACUUUCUGCUUCCCGUAGUGAUGCAGAGCCAGAAGCUUUGAAGCAGGGAACAUGGACUGGUGUGAAAAAUUAUGUGCGGAACAGGAUCACGACUCCUAAAAGAAAGGGUGGUUUGUAGGGAGGCACAAACACUUCAACACUUUGCACAUUAUGCUCUUUUAGUAAGAAAUGGAGCUAAAUUAAAAGAAAUUAAGAUAAAGGUGUAGACAUUAAAAUUAAGAGACGCUCGCGCUGUUUGCAUACUUUACCACAGCUGAAGUAGAAAAAAUGCAUUAUUUUCCAAAUACACAGAUAUUUCGGAGACAUUUUCAUUCAAUACAUGCACUGCUUGAUACAGUGUCUGUUUGUACAAGAAUAAAGUUCAACAUAAGCCUAAAUACAAACGUAAAGCGGGAAGAGAGAAUGUAAAGGGGGACGUUAAAGGACGUAAAGUAGAAGAGCAUGUAAAGGGGACGUAAAGAGGGAGGAGAGAAUGUAAAGGGGACGUAAAGAGGGAGGAGAGAAUGUAACUGGGACGUAAAGAGGGAGGAGAGAAUGUAAAGGGGACGUAAAGA